AUGGCUCAAGCUUUGACACCUCGCACUAAUUUUACAGGCUAUGCCAAACUCCUUAUCGGUUCGGAUGAGGGGGAAGCAUUACCAGUCACAUUUGAUGUCUAUAUUGGCAAAGCGGUGUUAAAUCGCCUGAAUAUGGGCGAUCUCAUUUUCAUACGAGGCAAUCUCCUCACCCGAAACAUCAACAACAAGCUCCAAGCAUCGUCUACAUUGUCCACCUGCACAGUGCUCAUAACGGGACAUCCCACCGAUUCCAUGCAACCUUCCUCAGAGACAAACAUCAUUUUCGACGUCACCGGAACGACUACUGCCAUCGCCGAUCGUUCUUUUGUAAUGGCCACUGGUUCAUUUGAUCCCUUGUCUCAUCAAAUGGUUCAAUACUCUGUACACAUUUUGAUUCCUGCCUGUAAGGGGUUGGUGUAG